CAAGAUUAUAUCCGGUUGUGCGGCAUUUAAUUACUCAUGCCGAGCUUCAAGCCAACCCCAUGAUUGAAGAUCUGAUCUGACGACUUCGGGCUCCCCGACAUGACAUUGUGGGGAUUUAUUUCGUUGCCUAGAAACUAAUCGGGUAACGGACUUCAGGGCUGAGAAUAUUAUGUGAAGUGCAGCAGCAUCUCGACAAGAACUUCUCUUUUUUUCUGGAAGUAUUUAUUGCAAUAAGAUCAUUCAGAAACCUUUUUUUCUCGAGUUGCUGUGCACUAAGAACUAUCGGAACACAAUUACCCCGCUCCUCCCUUUCCCGCUUAUGCUCUGGAUCGGCAUCUGACACCCUUUCUUGGCAACAUCUCCGAGUCCAAACAUUUCACUCCCUCCGCUCUGCCAAGAUUUUCCUCCUCCCUCCCUCCUCCUCCAUCAACACCACCUUCCAUCAUCUAGACAUUCCACGAUAAACACAAACUCAGCAUGGAAAACUCACCUCGUUCAUCGCUCGCAACUCUAUCCACGACCGAUUCCCGCAUAACCCUACCCGACCAGCAACCCUCGCGCAGCACACCACAACACGCCAAGUCCCCCUCCGCCAGCGCCAACUUUCCUUCGCACCUUUCACUCCCCGAUCAAAGCGCAAGCGAAGGAUUUCCUCACGAUAGGAAACAAAGUGUGCCAUAUGUGGAAAUAGAGAGGAGGGAGAGGGAACAAGAGAGUGCGGAACAGCGGGAAGCGGAUGAGCAGCAGAAGAAGCAUCAUGGUCAUGUGAAUGGGGUUACGGAGUGUGGGAGGCAUGGUGAUGAUUGGUUGUUUGGGGGCGCGAGCGUGUCGGAGUCUGUGAAGUGGUUGCUUGGGAAGAAAUGAGGUUUAGGGGAAGAUGGUAUUAGCGAAGGGAUAGAGAGACAAAGGAUCGGGAGAGGUGGUGAUGGGAGUGGCGCGUUGAUGAGCU